UCGACAGCUUCAUUCCCGUCGCUGCUCCCGUCCCAACCACUCGCCUUGCCUCACGCCGCCGUGGCCCCUGCUGCGCCGCCACCGCGGGCUCGCCCCCGGCGUCGGCCCCUGCUACACUCGUGCGCUACCCCCAUCGCUGUUGCUGCGCCGCUGCGCACUCGCCGCCGUUGUCCCUGCUGCUGUGCUGUGCCGCCGCGCUCGCCGCCGUCGCCACCCCUGCUGCGACUAGCUGCGCCGUCGCCACCCAGCCAUCCCUUCUGCUCUUCCCAUCCGCAUCUCCGGCCUCCGCCGUUGCCGCCCCUUCUACUCCCUCACAGCCGAGUACUCGCGCAGGGGAAGCAAGGAAGGGGGGGGGGGGUGUUCUUCCCCUCUUUUCUGCUAGGAGUACUAUUUGUUGGAGCUGGGUGAGAUUUUGUCUUUCUGGUUUGUUUGGCUUGGAGGAGAUCUCACAGAUCGGGAGGUGUGUACGGACGGAUGUGCAGAUGCUCUUUGUGCGCUCGUUUUGCUCCUAGGCUGCUGUUCGUGUAGGAAGGGUACGGGGAUCCAUAUGUGUGUGAUUUUGUGUGAUCCCGUGCUCUCAGUUUUUGUUAGUGUGUGAUUUUGGAUAAUGUCAGUAUGUGAUUUUAUCCUAGGUUUGAUGCACUCAUGCGUGCCACUGAAUUUUUGUAGUGUGAUAAAAUGAUAACCAAUGAUUUUGUAACCGGAUCGUGUGAUCGGCACUGUAAUUCUGCUAGGUUUUCCAGGUUUUGCUUUUAAUCCUUUUUACAAGCAGGGGUGGAGCCAGUGAUGGUGAUUUCGAAGAAGGGUUCGAAGAAACUGAUCGUCUUAUUGAUAACAUUUUAACUUUUCUGGUUUGUCAGUGUCAGUUGUGUUCUCUCAUCUAGAUCUGUCCCAUGUAUAUACGGAGUUAAUCAUCCAGUUGUGAUAUUGCAGUAUAGGGUGUUAAUCGUCCAGAUAUAGCAAAGAGUAAACCAAACUAAUUCUAAUGAAAUAAUUUGGAAUGCCUUUUUGGUUCCUAUUUUUUUGUCACUAUCAUCUCUGUUCUUUCAUCUAGAUCUGUUAUUUCAUCUAUAGGCACUUGCACAUUUUUCACAAGUAACUUGUAUAUAUUUUUCACAAACUGUACAAUGAUUUUUCGUAGUAGUAUAUGUGUUGUCGGCAUGUGUAAAUUCUGCUGCUAUUAGGUGUAAUCUACUACAAGGAUUGAUUCACGCACCAUGCAAUUCCUAGCAUUUGCACUGUGAAUCACCUAUAAUUGCACAAAUUAACCCAGGCAUAAAUUUUGUUAAAUGCAUGCACAUUAAGGGCAACGUGAUUUCUCGAGAUGUUUGAAUUUUGUGGACCAAGGUAUUUGCACUACCCGGGUACUUUAAUUGCAGCCUUUUUAAAAUUUGUAAAUCUUGGGGUUAGCAAAUGCAUACCUAACUAAACAUUCUUAUGUAUACAGUGCAUUAGCAGUAGCCUAUUUUGUAGGUUUUGUUGGCUUCUACUCCUCAAAAUCUUGAAAUCUCUGCCUUUUUGGCUGUUAAUUAUAUUUUUUUUGCACUGUGACCUCACUAUAAUUGCAAUAGGUGCAAUUUAUCUAAAACACGGGUACAAUUCAUGUUAACCUCAAAAUCUUGGGGUUGAUUCUGAAACUAAUUCUAGGGACUCUAGUUGACUAUAAGGACUAAGGUCUAUGAAUCAAGAGUAAUGUGCACUGUACUUGAUUCAUUUUUGCUUGCUUAUGUGCGUUUCACUGAAUCUAAUCUAGGUAAAUGAUCCAUUUUCAUUUCAUGGUUAUUUUCUGAUUCUAGGGUGUUCUUUUACCAUAAGUGAUUGCUGCACUGAAUGUAAGUGGUUUUACCCCCUAGUUGAUUUUUUGAUGCUAAUGUGCUCUGAAUCUAUGUGGUUGUUUUCUGCUUUUAGGGUGGUUCGCUAGUAUAAAUCACUAUCAUUUAUGGACAUAAGGUUUUGAACUUGCUGCGUAUUUAAGGUGGUUGAACUUGCAUGUAUCUAUUCCCCUAUCUAUUCAUGAAGUUGAUUAAUUGGAUAUUUUGUUGCUCCUUAAUCUUUUUUUUUCUCAAGCUUAUGUGUUCAAGGUGGCACCGAUGCUGGGUCUGACCAGGAUGAUAGCAGUGCGCAUUCUGAUUCUGAUUGCUACCCUUGUGGCAUUGAGUAUGAAUAAGCGGCUGCGAAUGCUGGCGGCCCCCGCGACAUCUGAUUCUAUGAGUUUAUAAGGUUGAAAUAAUUUGUUUGUAUACCUUUUGUCAAUAUCUCAUUAUAGUUUAUUGAGUGCAUGAUGGGUAUUCAUCUGAACAUUAUUCAUAUUCGAGACUGACUUGAUCAUUGACAAUAUAAGUGAUCUGGUAUUUACAUUUUUAUUGCCUUGCUGUUUCAUUUAUCUGAAAGAUUUUUAAUUAUGUUCUCUCAAGCUUUUGUUUUCUUGAUAGUUGAAAUCAUGCUUUCGUUCUAGAAGGAAGCACAUGGCUGUUGGUUGUCGUGUGUCAAACUCUAUUUCAAAAGUUAUGUUACAUUAGUACAUCGGAGCAUGAUUUUGAAAACUAAACAGGCGCUAAUGACAGAAAAAAAAAUAAGGCAACUAAAUGAGACAGCAGAGUGGGUUCUCACCCGGGCCCAGGUGUCAUACACACAAGCGUGGGGCCCCAAUUCUGGUGGUAUAUCCGUGGACGGUCUCCGCGCAUCUGCCUUUCUUCUUCAGACUCUAGCUAGGUCUGAAUUCUGAAAGCAACCGGGAAGGAGCAAUGGAGAAGAGACCCCGCGCCGGCGAUGGCGACGGGGGCGGCGGCGAGGCCUCCGGAAGCGUUGGAGGGGGCUUGGUAGACACGCUCCCCGAGGCGCUUCUGGUCGAGGUGGUCGGCCGGGUGGGGCUGGAGGGCGCCUGCUCCGCCGCCGCAUCCUGCCGCGCCCUCCGGAGCGCUGCCGGCGCCGCCUUGUCCUCUGUCACAUCCCUAGACCUCUCGGAGUUUCCGCCGACGAAUGCUAUUCUGAACAGGAUUCUCGCCGGCAAUGACACGCUCCGCAGCCUCACGGUCAAUUGCAGCCUCCUAGACGACUCUGCCGUCGCGGCCAUCGCCAAGGGGAGCCUGCACGAGCUCUCGCUGCUCAAGUGCUCAUCGUUCUCCGCGUUCCUCUUUGUAGCGAUUGGUGGGAGAUGCACCAACUUAAGAUCAAUUACGCUGGAGAUGGCAAUUUCGGAAGGCAGUGAAAGUUUUGCGAUCUGCCGUAACUCCAUAGCGCACAUCUUCAAAGGAUGUGAUUACUUGGAGAAUGUUUCCUUGAAGUUUCCUCUGCUAGCUCCAGGCUUCAUUGAUUUUGAUUCUUUGGUGCCUGUUAUUCCUGGUACCAUCAAGGUACUUUUGCUACAGUAUGUGACUAAUUGGCAGGCGAAGAUACUCUUUCCUGUAAGCCCAUCUCUGAAGACACCCUUCAGUGACAGCCUAGAAUCACUCUCUUUAGUUCUUGAUAUAAUAACAGAUGAACUUAUUACCUUCAUCACUACGAGUCUCUCAAACUUGCUUGAGCUCUGCCUAGAAGACAACCCAGGGAGUGAAACAGAUUUGCACAAUGAUCUUUCCAAUAUUGGGCUCCAGGCAAUUGGCAUAUGCAAGAACUUGACACAUUUAUCUCUGACGCGUGGUAAGCAGAACUGUUCGUCCACCUUCAGAAGGGUAAAUGACUUUGGGAUACUGAUGCUUGCUGAAGGAUGCAAGAAACUCCAAACCAUUAGACUUGGUGGGUUCUCUAAAGUUAGAGAUGCUGGAUAUGCAGCCCUUCUCCACUCUUGCAAGGACCUGAAGAAAUUUGAGGUCAGUACUGCCUCAUGCUUGUCAGACUUGACGUGCCUCGAUCUUGAUGAGACAGCUACAAAGAUUACAGAAGUGAGGUUGGUGUGUUGUGGUCUCGUAACCAGUGAAACAGCCAUAUCUCUCUCAUCCUGCACCAACUUGGAGGUUCUUGAUUUUUCCGGUUGCAGGAGCAUUGCAGACUCUGGCCUGUCUUCCAUCUGCCACCUUUCCAAGUUAACUCUACUGGACCUUGCUGGAUCUGACAUUACCGAUGCAGGUUUAUCAGCAAUCGGUCAUGGUAGCUGCCCAAUAUCUUCCUUAUGUCUGAGAGGGUGCAGAAGGAUCACCAACAACGGCAUAGGUUCCCUGUUGUGUGGGAGUGGCACCAUCAACAAAACUUUGGUCAUGCUUGAUAUUGGGAAUGUACCAAGGAUAUCAGGUAGAGCUGUCUCACUGAUCGCCAAGCACUGCGAACAGAUAUACAGCCUGUGUCUCCGAAACAACCUCCUGUUCACUGAUCAAUGUCUCGAAAUUCUGGGUUCGGUGCAGCAUAAAAAUCCCUUAAGAAUGCUUGAUCUCUCCUAUUGUUCUAGGUUGUCGCGCAGCUUCCUGAGGCAGUUUGAUCUGCCAUUGUUUCGAGGCCUACGGUGGCUCGGUGUUGGUAAGAACGUGCUGGAACGUCGUGGCAACACUCCGACUGUUGCAGAGAUCCUGGAGCGGAGGCCAGGCUUAACGAUAUGUGCCAAUGCCUGCGAGAUGGGAUGCAGGAACCAGUGCCAUCGUGACGUCCGUGCCCAGGCCCAGUAAUAUGCAUUCUCAGUCCUGCCGUUCCGGCUGAUGUUGUAAUCUCUUGUGUUCCAUUAUGUAACAGCAUUAAACUUGUCUUUUCUCAGUAUGUGUUUGUAUUAUCAGCAAACAUUGCGUAGGACUGCCCGAUUGUUUGCUCAUGUUGUAUUGUAACAGUAAACUGAUUUAUUUGUUCUGGCAAUUUUAUGUAUAUUGCAGCUUUCUUUCGUUCUCA